GGAGGGGGCGGGGAGGGAAGCGGAGGCAGGGGAGCUCUAGGCCGGCCGGUGGUGGCGGCGGCGAGCCCGGGAUUCGGGCUGAGGGCCUACUGUAGCGACAGCAGUGGACGCCGAGCACAGUCAGUUUCUCUGGAAACCCCCCUGGUAAGUGUGGAGGAGGCGGGACACUCUGACCCAAGACAAAGGCCUGUAGCUCCAGCCAAAGAAAAUAAACCUUAGGAGGGAGAAGGAAAAAAAAAAUCCAUCAGCUGUUCCUGAGAACAGCCUGCAGUGGAAUCUACAGAGAGGACAGCUAAUGGGAGUGAGGAAGUGACUGUGGAUUGUGGAGACUAAGGCACGGGGGCCAGAGGGCCUGGACUGAGUUAGCAGCAAUUGCGCUUUCAGAGGUGAGGUGUCAAGAAGGGAGAAGUGAAUGAGGUCUGGAGAGAGGUCUUGGCAGCUCAGGGUGUGCUUUCCUCCCAGGCCAUCAGGGAGCUCAGCCCCUGUGUUCUGCACGGGUGGGGUGCAGGGUCUGGCCCUGAGGAAGGGAACUUGUUGGCUGGAGCACCAGAGCAGUGGCCUUGAUUGGUGUCUUGGAAGAUUUAGAAACCCAAAAGUAUAAACAUUCUGGUCCUUCAGCAAUGCUUUCUCUGAAGAAAUACUUCACGGAAGGACUCCUCCAGUUCACCAUUCUGCUGAGUUUGAUUGGGGUGCGGGUGGACGUGGAUACUUACCUGACCUCACAGCUCCCCCCGCUCCGGGAGAUCAUCCUGGGGCCCAGUUCUGCCUACACUCAGACCCAGUUCCACAACCUGAGGAAUACCUUGGAUGGCUAUGGUAUCCACCCUAAGAGCAUAGACCUGGACAAUUACUUCACUGCCCGGCGGCUCCUCAGUCAGGUGAGGGCCCUGGACAGGUUUCAGGUGCCGACCACUGAGGUAAACGCCUGGCUGGUCCACCGGGACCCGGAGGGGUCUGUCUCUGGCAGCCAGCCCAGUUCAGGCCUCACCCUCGAGAGUUCCAGUGGCCUCCAAGAUGUGACAGGCCCAGACAACGGGGUGCGAGAAAGUGAAACGGAGCAGGGAUUCAGUGAAGAUUUGGAGGAUUUGGGGGCGGUAGCCCCUCCAGUCACUGGAGACUUAACCAAAGAGGACAUAGAUCUGAUUGACAUCCUUUGGCGACAGGACAUUGAUCUGGGGGCUGGGCGUGAGAUAUUUGACUAUAGUCAUCGCCAGAAGGAGCAGGAUGUGGACAAGGAGCUGCGAGAUGAAGGAGAGCAGGGGGACACCUGGCCUGGAGAGGGCACAGAGGCUCUGGCACGGAACCUGCUAGUGGAUGGAGAAACCGGGGAGAGCUUCCCUGCACAGUUUCCAGCAGACAUUUCCAGCAUAACGGAAGUAGUGCCUACUGAGAGUGAGCCUCCAGCUCUUCAGAACAACCUUCUGUCUCCUCUCCUGACUGGGACAGAGUCGCCAUUUGACUUGGAACAACAGUGGCAAGAUCUCAUGUCCAUCAUGGAAAUGCAGGCCAUGGAAGUGAACACAUCGACCAGUGAAAUCCUGUACAACAGCCCUCCUGGAGACCCACUGAGCACCAACUACAGCCUUGCCCCCAACACUCCCAUCAAUCAGAAUGUCAGCCUGCAUCAGGCAUCCCUGGGGGGCUGUAGCCAGGACUUCUCCCUCUUCAGCCCUGAGGUAGAGAGCCUGCCUGUGGCCAGCAGCUCCACACUGCUCCCCCUAACCCCCAGCAAUUCCACCAGCCUCAACUCAACCUUUGGCUCCACCAACCUGUCGGGGCUCUUCUUUCCGCCACAACUCAAUGGCACCUCCAAUGACACAGCAGGCCCAGAGCUGCCUGACCCCCUGGGGGGCCUACUGGAUGAAGCCAUGCUGGAUGAGAUCAGCCUCAUGGACCUGGCCAUUGAAGAAGGCUUUAACCCUGUGCAGGCCUCCCAACUUGAGGAGGAGUUUGACUCGGACUCAGGCCUCUCCUUGGACUCGAGCCAUAGCCCUUCCUCCCUGAGCAGCUCUGAAGGUAGCUCUUCCUCCUCCUCCUCCUCCUCUUCAUCUUCCUCCUCCUCAUCUUCCUCCUCAGCUUCUUCCUCCUUUUCUGAGGAAGGUGCCGUUGGCUACAGCUCAGACUCUGAGACCCUGGAUCUGGAAGAGGCGGAGGGCGCUGUGGGUUACCAGCCUGAGUAUUCUAAGUUCUGCCGAAUGAGCUAUCAGGAUCCGUCUCAGCUCUCCUGCCUGCCCUACUUGGAGCAUGUGGGCCACAACCACACAUACAAUAUGGCGCCCAGUGCCCUUGACUCUGCUAACCUGCCGCCUCCCAGCACCCUCAAGAAAGGCAGCAAGGAGAAGCAGGCCGACUUCUUAGACAAGCAGAUGAGCCGGGAUGAGCAUCGAGCCCGAGCCAUGAAGAUCCCGUUCACCAAUGACAAAAUCAUCAACCUGCCUGUGGAGGAGUUCAAUGAGUUGCUGUCCAAGUACCAGCUGAGUGAAGCUCAGCUGAGCCUUAUCCGUGACAUCCGGCGCCGGGGAAAGAACAAGAUGGCAGCGCAGAACUGCCGCAAGCGUAAGCUGGACACCAUCCUAAACCUGGAGCGAGACGUGGAGGACCUGCAGCGGGACAAAACCCGGCUGCUGCGGGAGAAGGUGGAGUUCCUUCGGUCUCUGCGGCAGAUGAAGCAGAAAGUCCAGAGUCUGUACCAGGAGGUGUUUGGGCGGCUGCGUGACGAGCAUGGGCGACCCUACUCACCCAGUCAGUAUGCGCUCCAAUAUGCUGGGGAUGGCAGUGUCCUCCUCAUUCCCCGCACGCUGGCUGACCAGCAGGCUCGGCGGCAAGAGAGGAAGCCAAAGGACAGGAGGAAGUGAGCCUGGGGCAGAAGGGGUUGACGCUCACCAAGACCGAAACUGGAGAAGGGCUGGGCCUGAACCUGGACCUAUAGCGAGGACUUUACUGCCUUCUUAUUCACUAUAUCUUCUCAGAUGGGAUGACUGCGGGUCAGUGUAUAGGAGAGGUGGGUGCAGGCGCUGUCUGGCUCAGUUUCCCCCACAAGGGUGGGGUGGAAUUGGUGGACAGGGUCCUCACCUCUACCCAUUUCCUUCAAGGGAAGGGGUGGUGCUGCCAUUGCUGGAUCCAGGUAAAGGAGCUGUGCUGAAUAAAAGCUCAUGGGGAAGAAGGGGUUUGGGAAAGGAGGGGAAGUAGUGGAAAGUCUUGUUCCGGGGAGGAAG